AUGUCCGACUCUUCUCUCUCGUCAAUGUCCUCCUCCUCGGAGGCAGGCGACGAGUAUGAACAGGUCACCCACGAUGUGACGAUGGACGAGACGGAGCCCCCGGCGAAGCGCCUAAAGCUGGGCGAUCCAGAAGUCGAAACUAAGGCUGAGGACUUCGACGAUGCCAUGUCGAUAUCCUCCGAUUCAUCGGGCGACAUUCCCAGCUCACCAGCAAACGCGCGGCUUGAGGACGAAGAUUUCCAACCACAAGUGACAGUGUGCGUAUGGGAGGACUGCGACGCCGGGGACCUGGGGACAAUGGACAGACUGGUCAAGCACAUCCACGAUGAACAUAUAGAAGGUCGACAGAAGAAAUACACCUGCCAAUGGAUCGGUUGCAGCAGGCAGGGUGCCAACCACGCCAGUGGCUACGCCUUGAAGGCGCACAUGCGAAGUCACACACGAGAGAAGCCCUUCUUCUGCUACCUUCCAGAAUGCGACAAGUGCUUUACUAGAUCCGACGCGCUGGCCAAACACAUGCGAACAGUCCAUGAAACCGAGGCCCUCCGACCCUCCGAUCCUGUACCAAAAGGUCUGCAAUCUGGCGGCGCAGCUGGCAAGACCCCGAAGCUGAAGAUCAUCAUCCGCACGCCACAGUCACACGCCGCAGGUCAGGACGACGCUGUCGAGGAUGGACACAGCGGGGACGAGAACUCAACAGAGCACCUGACCCAGCUGACAGAAAAAGACGGCUUCACGCCACGGGAGCUGGAAAUGCAGUGGCAGAAGCUUCACGCCGUUUGCAGGAGUCAAUUGCAGUGGGCCCAGGAGGACGCUGAGACCCUGAGAAAAGAGUGUGAGAAAUGGGAGGAGGUAGUGAAGAAGGCUUGGCUGGAGAAGGAGGUUCUCUUGGACCAGACUGUCAAGAGUGAACUUGGCUGGCACGAGCGCCGGCAAGCUAUAUUGACGGGAGCCACGGACAUCGUCGUUAAUGGAGGCGCCUCCGAGGCGGUCUCUGCACCCGCGGUGCCUGCUACUACCAACGGCGAUGCUGGCGCAGGUAACGCAGCGGAAGACUAG